CGGAAACUGUAAACCACCCGCCUUAAGUUUGAAACCGUUUUAAGAUGGCAGCGAGAGAAAACUUGAUUAAACAUCAAAUAAAGCCUAUAAACGCCACAUUUGACGCUUCCAAUGUAGAUUCUAGCGCCGUGGAGGAGAAGCUAUUCGGCCGGGUGGAAGAGGAGGAAGGGGACGACGGACCUGUGGUGUUCAUCUGCGGGAAGUGCAAGCUACCUGUUGGGGAUUCACUGUCGUGGGAUGGGAGUGAAGAUGGGGAAAACCAAGUUAGACUGAGCCGUGAGUUCUUUUUGUGCACUUUCUGACUAGUCAGAGAGAAGAUAACUCCUUCAACAACGUCAAUAAUGCCACUAACAGUUUUCUGUAACCUGUGAUAAUAUACUGUAGCAGAUUUGGUUGGACCCUCUCUGUUUAUGUUACUAUUGAGCACUGUGGCUGUUAGAGGUUUUCAUUACACAGCAAAGACAUUGGUUGAAUCGUUUAUAUUCAAUUUAGGACAUUAAGAAAAUACGGCUUUUAAAUUACAUAAUGAAUACAUAAAAGCUGACAUGUUUGUGAUGUUUUUGGUCUUAGGGGUCACUGAAAAUGUUGUUGUUGGGAAAGAGAAUCGCCUGCAUGAAGUUGGAAAACGAGCUACCUGGUAUGAAGACUCUGCAUGCAGUAGAAAAUGAAGUAUUCAAGUCUAUUUCUAUAAAGAAAAGUGCCACAUGACAGUUAUUUUUGUACAUAUUCUCAUUUCAGACAAGCUCAUCUAAUUUUUUUAAUUAUUUCUCUCUGCAGUCUAGUCGUGGAUCUUGUCUGUCGAGGAUGUCGCUCUGCUCUUGGCAUGGUUUAUUCAUCCACGCCAAAGAACCUGGACCACAAGAGAUUCACCUUCUGUUUUAACGUAGCAGACAUUGACAGGUGUGUGUACAGCCUGGAUUAUUAGUUAGGGGGGAGCAAUAUAGCCAACAACACAUUAUUAUUCGGGGUUUUGAUGGCAGGAUCGCAGUCUGACUCACACCAUUCGUUUUCAUUUUUAUUUUAAAGACUGUUUUGCAAGUAGCCAGUUCAACUAGGUUAGCUGUGCUAUUAGGAAAUACCUUACUUGUCAGGUUUAAUCUGUGUGCACAUUUUGGGCAACCUGUGCCAAGUACAAUGCAUGAAACAAGAAUGUUGACGUGGAUAAGACUUCCAAGUACAACAAAGAUUUAAAGUGCACUCUUACGAAAGAACAGCUCACCUAUUUACUUAAAGGUGAUGUGUAAAGUUCCCAUACAGACAGAAUUUGCUGUAGUUGUUUCAGAAAAUCAUCAUUUUUUUAUGAUUCAUGUCUGAAAAGUAAGCAAUUUUAAGCCCAUCCUGACCAAAUUUUAAAUGAUCUAAAGUAGAUUUUUUUAAACGACUGACAGGAUAUAGUUUGUGAACCUCUUUAGUAUGAUUUCUUUCCAUUUUUCAAACAGUGAGAAUGAGACCUUCUGUGUUUACUGUCCUUGUAGCACAUAAUGUGUAAUCUUACAUCAAGGGACACAGGCUCUGCUGCUCUCUUUUGAUUAGCAUAUACACUGCUUCCCACAACACACUGAGAACUUACAAAAUAAAUAAAUAAUUGCUGUCACACUCGGCCUGCACAGCUGGAUUUUUCAGGGGAUACACUCACUUUGGUGAAACUGUAAUUUGUUAAGACUCUAAGAGGAAGUGUAGAGGUCAAAACAUGUCUGCGUAAUUUGAUGAAAUAUUGCACACCUACAAUGUUACUCAGACAAGAAAAAAAGAAAAACUGCAUGUGCAUUUUCCCUGGAGGCAGCAUGUUGUUUGCCAUGGACAUUAAAUCCCAUUGACAUUGUCUGCUCAUUGUGUUUAUAUAUUUGGCAUUAGAGUAUGAAAGACACAUUAAGAAAUUACGUGUACAAUUUAAUGGCAUGGUGGCAAAACUUGUAUCAAAAUUUAUUAUUUUUUACAGCAUAUGUUUAUUAUAUGUUGCCCUCAUAUCUGCAUAAAGCAUCCUCUUAUCCCUGUGUGAUUUUCUCCAGUUAUGUCCUGGGCUCUGCGAAACAGCAGUUGACAGCAGAGGGCCCCAAAGAGCAGCUAGUCACUAUGGAGUACAAGGGCAAUGUGGAACAAAAGCUGACAGAGGUAAUUUAUUACUGCUGCUUUUCUUUGUCCCUUUUCUCUCAUAGUGUGUUACUGUGAGAUUAAACAAAGGUUUCCUCUGUGCAAAAUGAAUUCUCUACAGUUCAUUGCAAAGUGUAACCAUGACUCUACCUCCACAUACAGGUAUGAAGUUCACAUUUGCAUUUUAAGGAGUUAUUUAGAAACAUUUUUUUUAUAAAAGUCUAGAUCUAUCCAGCACAUUUUAUGCUGUAGCAGAGUGUUCUCUGUGCUGUGUUGUCUUGCUCACAGUGCUCUCACAGUGCGUCAGAGCAGCUCUCGCUCAUUGAUUACCAAUGCACAGGUUGUUCUUGUGAUGACAUCAGCUCAGUGCUGGGAAGCCCUUUCUCCUGUGACCGUCAGACGUUUGUAUCAGACAUUACCUCAUCUCUCUUUUUUGUACCCUUCAGGUUUAUUCAUUUUUAAUUCCUUUCAGCCCAUAUGAAACUUGAAAAGUGUGUCAUCUUUAAAUUGUAGUCGUAAAAUUCAAAACAGUUAUGCAAUUUUUUCCACAACUUUAUGAUUCAUUUGAUUUACUGCUUGUCAGAUUUAUGUUUAAAAGGUAUUUUAAAAAAAACGUGGGUAUUUUCACAUCACUUGAACCCAUCAGUGAUGCCAAAAGUUCUUAAUCACCCUUUGUUUGAAAAUCCAUUAAGUACACCAAUUGGACAGUAGGUGGUGCUAGUGCGCAGGAGCACCUGCAACCCUCCCACACUCUUGCACCGAGGACAAUAGCUGUGAUUGGAGCAUGUUCAGGAAUCUUUGUGUGGGGAAAACAUGUUUUGAUCAUAAAGUGUCUUUGUCACUGUAUUUGGGUGAGUCUAUGGCAUUCAGUUUUACUUGGCAAUGAUCCAUAAAUGGGCUGCAGGUGACACUUUGAUCCAUUGCCUAACUAUGCAACUGUAUAUUCCAGAAACACAUUGUCCCACCUAAAUGAGACAAAACAAGAACAUUGAGUGAGCAAAAGAACAUUGAGUGUACUUCUGGGUCAUUAUGGAGAGUUCAUAUCAGUUUGUAUGUACAUUUUGUACCAUGCCACCAUUGUUUUUAUAACUUGGCACCUAUCCAAGUAACAGGAAAGACAUCUCGUGCUGACAGGUAAUUAUAUGUACCCUUGUGCUUUAUAUAUAUGACCUACUAAACCAGCAACUUAAAUAAACUCUUAGGUUCAGCUCAGGAACUCAAGCUCACAUUUCUAUUGUAAUUUAGUUGCUUCACUCUUCUGGGAAAGAAAGGCUGUGUAAGGACAUAACAUUAUAAAAAAUCAGGCUUACCUCAUAUUGGUUAAUAUGUAGGUUAACACAUAAAUCCACCUCAGCUGUUUCAGUGUCAAUCCUCGUUUUUGAAGAUUAAUCUAAUUUUAGCUGCACACUGAUUGUAUCAAUUGUAGGUGGCUGAGCAGUAUCCAUCAGUCAUUGAUGUAUAGUGAUUGGCCCAUUGUAUCAAGAUGAUAACAGAAUGAUGAGUGAGUCGAGAUUUAAAUGUUCUUUAUUGUAUGUCUGUUGGCAUUAUUAAGUGAAAGCUUCUGCUUUAAUAUCUUUCCAUCAGCUCUGCAGGCCCAAAGCUGUUUUCCUAUUUUACUAUAGUAUCAUUUUGUCUCACAAAAUCAGGGCAGCAACAGUUGCCAGGAUGCUACUGGCAACAUUUGAGAGGAAUUUGCUGCCAGUUCUCAACAACAAAAUGUCUACAGCAAAAAGAAAUGUGAUGAAAAUGUUUGCUUUCUCAGUGGGAAGGCCUAGAUGUACCAGUGACUAGUGGUUUGUUUUUCUUUGGGAGCUUUGAAAUAUUUCUAUUGUAAUAACUAUAUAUGAUUAGAUCUUAGUGAUUCAAAUAUGGAGUGAGAAAGUAUAGCAACCGGUUUUUCUGGAUUGUAGCUCGUUGUCAAAGUGCCUGUCACCUCGACCACUUUAACAGUGAAGGUUUAGCUCAGCAGUUCAACUGCACAGCCCAUAUACAAAGGUUUGGCCAAAGUGCCAAACUUGAAAAAAAGGGGAAAAAAAAGAAAAGUUAGUCUUGGAUACAUCAUAAUAUUUAACAUUAUCUUUUAACUAUAUGUGAAUCUUUUUAAAAUCUAAAGCUUACCUGAAUCAAAACACUUUUUAACUUUUUAUGUGGAUUGAGGCAGAUGACUGAUCACCUAUGAGUCUGGUACUGCCUUGUUAAGAUUUCAGGAUGCUUCUGAUACCUUUUUAAGAGUAAGGUUAUUUACUGACAGUUUUUAAGAUGUGUGAAUAAUAAGGAAUAUACUUGUUGAUUUAAUGCAGUGAGAUAAUGAAUUUUAAGUGCAUUCUGACUUAUUGUCUGAGAUGAAAAAUUCCUCAAAGUAGUGCAGCUGAAGUUGUUGUUUCCUGUUACUAUAACUCAGGAGUCAUCACCUGUAUUAAAAUUUUAUGUGAUACUCUGUCUGGCACUUAAGAGGUGCCCUUGUCCUCAGCUUUACUGGAUCUGACGGAGGUACUCGUCACCCCGCCGCCAUCCUUAAUGUAUUCUGUCUGUCUGUCUGAAUGUCUGACUGACUGGUAGACACUUGUUUGGGUUUUUUUGUCUUGUACACUCACUGACCUGUCUACCCCACCCCUCCCUCCCCCACUCUCUCCCCACUUCAUACCCAUCCAUCCCUGACCACUUCCCCUUUGGGUUUCAUCGUUCUCCCUCUCUUUCCUCCCUCCCUUUUUUCCAAUUAUGUGUACCCCUCCUUUCUUUCCUCCUCACUGCUUCCUGCUGCUCCCUUCAUUUCCCACCUGUCCAUUUUCUACUUCCCUGUUUCUGCUUCUUCGUACGAACCCUUUUCCAAUCCUCACUUUUCUGUACUGCUGUUCAUCUUCUCAUCCUCACCGUGACCUCCCCUCCCCUAUCCUCCCUCCCUCCUUAGAUGAAAAUGCUGGUGUUGUCCAUGGCGCAGAGGCUGGAGGAGAUCGAACUCGGCCUUCAGGAGGGAUGUGAGGAGGUGUGACAGUGAUGGGUGUCAGCUCGUCAGGGUGGGUGCUGCAUCCAGGUGUUGAACAGAAGGGUUUAAUAUCCUCUGUCUGUGUUUCUACCUUUACCUUAACGCAUCCUUGUCUGGGUUUCAUCUCAGACACAUUCAUCCAGUAACAGGUUUUGCCCGAUCUCACCUGCACACACUCACACUCAGCUCUCAGUCCCGCUUUGUCCCGGUUACCGGCGGUGAAACAAAGAGCGCCUGCACUUGUAAUCAAUCAUGUUGUCAGCUCGACUCCUCGUGACUCGUGGCACCAUCUUCUCUGUGUGUGUCGGUGCGGGGCGAGUGUGGGCUAGGAGCAGAAUGUUUAUUUGGGCAGCAUUUCAUCAGGCAAGCUGCAAACUCAGCACAAUGCAGUAUUGAUCGGGCCCUCAAGGCCACACACACAUACACACACAAACACACACACAUAUACAGAAACAUCUCUUCUUUGUUCUCUUCCUCAGGCAUGUAGCCUUAAAGGAUUGAUAAAUCUCUGUGCUCUCUAUGCCAAUGACACAUUUUUGCAGCGAUCUUAACACAAGUAGACAUCAAUUGUUCGCAUUAUUAUCUUGUUGUCCCCUGUUUUUGUGUACAUUUGUGGUUUUAAAGCUGUUUUUUUCGUGUGAAAUAAAGUAUUCAAGUGUUGACAACACACAGAUACA